AUGAAUAUUGAAAAAAGCUCUUAAAAACAUACUACAAGUUCCAAUAGUUCUCGUAGUUCUUCGUAAAUAUCAGAAUUUAUUCUUAUUUUAUUAGUAAACUAAGAUCUAGAUCAAGAUCGAACAGUCAAAGACGAGAUAGGAAGACAGAAAAGACAGAAUCAACAGAUGACAAAUAGGGAAGUGAUUAGAAUGUCAAGAUUGAGUCCAACUUACCUCAAAUAGCCAGAGGGAAGAGAUAAGUAAACAAAAUUUAAUGUCGAAAGUUAACUUAUAUUAAAGAUUUGCCUAAAAGACCUCCCAAAUGUCCAAAUUAUCCAUAGUAAUUUAGGGAAAUCAAUUUGGUAACCAAUAACUUUAGUGUUCGGUCCAAAAGAAACGGAGUCAUAGUUGUUUAUUCAGUGAAAUUCUUGCCAUUUAUUGAUCCGUAACAAUUUUAAAUUAGAUUUUAGAUAAAAUAACAAUCUAAAAAGAGAGAUUAUCAAAAGUUAAGAAGAAGCCUUGAGAGAAUAUUUAGGACCUUUUGUCUACUAUAGCAAUACGAUAAUAGGAGGCAAAGAAUCUUCAACAUUUAAUUUUAAAUUGGAAAAGCCUAUCAAAUUUGAGGAGUAAGUUUAUAUUUGUAUUUUUAAAUAGUUAUGAUUACUAUUUAGAAAUCAAAAAGGUCAAAGUUAUUAAUAUGCAAGAUUUAGAAAAUCCCAAUCCAAUAGAAGCUGAUAAACCAUUGAUGUUUUUUAACUACUUGAUUAAAGAUUUCUUCAAAAAUUUAAAAUAUUAAGAACAUGGCAAAACUAGAAAAUUUCAUGUAAUGAAAUCUACUUAUUAUCAAGGAUAUAUCCAGAAGAUCACCUAUUCCAGAAACAGAAUUGUCAGUAAUACCUGGUUUUGCUGUCAAUUUUUAAACUAAUGAAUAAGGAUUUAGUUUUAAAAUUGAUAUCAGUCAUAGAAUUAUCAGAACAACCACUGUGUUAUAAUAUAUUGAUUAAAUUUGGAAGGAACAAUCGAAUAAGUAAUGCAAAGAGUUAUAGAAUUAGAUUACCAAAAGAGGAGCUAAGAAAGUAUGUCACACAUGUAAUGACCAAACAAAUGGUACUUGCCAAUUAUGGAACAUACAGAACUUAUUCAGUUGACAAUUUAUUAUUUGACUAAAAUACAGCUGAAUUUUCUAUUGAAUUAGCAGACCCAAAAGGGAAGCAAUAAUUUAUAACGAUGGACCAAUAUUUUAAAUAAAGAUAUAAUUAUGAUAUCAAGAAUAAGAAANGUACUAUUGUAGUAUAAAGUGAAAAUCAAUCUAAAAAUGUUCCAUUCAUAUGAAUAUUGAAAAAAGCUCUUAAAAACAUACUACAAGUUCCAAUAGUUCUCGUAGUUCUUCGUAAAUAUCAGAAUUUAUUCUUAUUUUAUUAGUAAACUAAGAUCUAGAUCAAGAUCGAACAGUCAAAGACGAGAUAGGAAGACAGAAAAGACAGAAUCAACAGAUGACAAAUAGGGAAGUGAUUAGAAUGUCAAGAUUGAGUCCAACUUACCUCAAAUAGCCAGAGGGAAGAGAUAAGUAAACAAAAUUUAAUGUCGAAAGUUAACUUAUAUUAAAGAUUUGCCUAAAAGACCUCCCAAAUGUCCAAAUUAUCCAUAGUAAUUUAGGGAAAUCAAUUUGGUAACCAAUAACUUUAGUGUUCGGUCCAAAAGAAACGGAGUCAUAGUUGUUUAUUCAGUGAAAUUCUUGCCAUUUAUUGAUCCGUAACAAUUUUAAAUUAGAUUUUAGAUAAAAUAACAAUCUAAAAAGAGAGAUUAUCAAAAGUUAAGAAGAAGCCUUGAGAGAAUAUUUAGGACCUUUUGUCUACUAUAGCAAUACGAUAAUAGGAGGCAAAGAAUCUUCAACAUUUAAUUUUAAAUUGGAAAAGCCUAUCAAAUUUGAGGAGUAAGUUUAUAUUUGUAUUUUUAAAUAGUUAUGAUUACUAUUUAGAAAUCAAAAAGGUCAAAGUUAUUAAUAUGCAAGAUUUAGAAAAUCCCAAUCCAAUAGAAGCUGAUAAACCAUUGAUGUUUUUUAACUACUUGAUUAAAGAUUUCUUCAAAAAUUUAAAAUAUUAAGAACAUGGCAAAACUAGAAAAUUUCAUGUAAUGAAAUCUACUUAUUAUCAAGGAUAUAUCCAGAAGAUCACCUAUUCCAGAAACAGAAUUGUCAGUAAUACCUGGUUUUGCUGUCAAUUUUUAAACUAAUGAAUAAGGAUUUAGUUUUAAAAUUGAUAUCAGUCAUAGAAUUAUCAGAACAACCACUGUGUUAUAAUAUAUUGAUUAAAUUUGGAAGGAACAAUCGAAUAAGUAAUGCAAAGAGUUAUAGAAUUAGAUUACCAAAAGAGGAGCUAAGAAAGUAUGUCACACAUGUAAUGACCAAACAAAUGGUACUUGCCAAUUAUGGAACAUACAGAACUUAUUCAGUUGACAAUUUAUUAUUUGACUAAAAUACAGCUGAAUUUUCUAUUGAAUUAGCAGACCCAAAAGGGAAGCAAUAAUUUAUAACGAUGGACCAAUAUUUUAAAUAAAGAUAUAAUUAUGAUAUCAAGAAUAAGAAAGCACCUUUAUUGACGAUUGAAGACACAAAAACCAAUAGAAAAGUCUAUUUGGUGGCCGAAUUAUGUAUCAUGGCAGGUGUUCCAGAUAAUUUAAAUGAAUUCACAAGAAAACAGAUAUAAAAAGAGUGUUAGACAAAUCCAAAAGAUAGAUUUGAAAAAAUAAAGAAAAUGCUAUUUGAUUUAAUUAAUAGAUAACCUUCAAUAGGACUAACCAUGUAAAAAUUAAAAGAAGAAUUUGGUAUUGAUAUCAAUAGUACUCCUUAAUAUGUAAAAGCAAAAUAACUUAGACCACCUAAUAUAGUAUUUGGAAAUCAAAAUUUGAUGCCUUAAGGAGAUAAAGAAAACUUUUCAUUUAAUUGUAACAAUCAAUCUGCUUUUAUUAAGAGAUAUGAAGUUAGAAUUGCAAUAAUAUCACCUUACGAUUUUGAUUGUGAGGAAUUCACCUAGAAUAUUCAUGAAUUAAUAUAAAAAUAUGGAAUCAAAAUGGGUGUGCAAACUAAAUGUCAUUAUUUAAGUGGACAAAGAUAAAACUAUAUUGCUGAAAUCGAAUAAACAAUUAUGAGAAAUGUACCACAUACAACUAAUAUGAUUGUUAUUGUACUGAAUAGAUACAUGAAAAAUUGCUAUGCUCCCCUAAAGAAAAUGUGCAUGUCUGAAAAAUUCGGUGUUCUUACUUAAAUGGUAUCCAGUGAUUCUAUUUCAAAAUAAAAAAAGGGAUUGUUUUCGAUAAUUCAAAAAUUAGCAAUUUAAAUGAUGGAUAAAGUUGGUAAUUGUUUAUGGACUGUUUAAUUACCUUAGGUAUCUGUGUAAAUUAUAUUAGAAAUGGCCUGAUAAUAUUAUGAUUGUGAGUGUUAUCAUCGAAAAAGGUAAAUUUGCUGGUAUGUUGUCAAGUCUUGAUAAAACAUACUCAAGAUACUACAGUUAAAUGAGUACUAAAAUUGUUGAAAAAUGUUUAAUUAAAGAUAUUGGGGAUAUGAUGAAAUAAUCUUUUUUGCAAUACAAAUAAGAAAAUGGUUGUUUCCCUCAAAAAAUCAUAUACUUUAGAGAUGGUUUAAGUGAAGAAUCAAUAUCUCAUUUAUUAUAAUAUGAAACUAGAGAAAUUGUUUUGGCUGCAAACUAGUUAUGCUAAUUUGGAGAUUAAAUCAUUAUUAUUAAUAUUCAAAAUACAAAUAUCACUAAACUGUUUAGAGAAGAGAGAGACCAAUAUUAUAAUGCACCUGCUGGAACAGUUGUUGAUAGUGAAAUAACAACAAAAAACUAUGAAUUUAUCUUGGUUCCUGUUUACAGUUCUAGAGGAUGUCCAAGACCAAUAUUGUAUCGUGUCAUUUAUGAUACAAUUAAAAUACCUAUGGAAUAAUUAUAAGUAUGUCAAAGUUUUAGAGUUUAUAGGACUUCGUUUAUGGCUAAUGUUACAAUUAUUAAAAUUGGACAGGAUCUAUUAAAUUACCUGCAAUUGUAAAGAAUUGUUAAAAAAUGAUCAAAUUCUUAGUAGAGAUCCUCUAAACAGAACCAAUAAAUAAAUUAAGAUCAUCAUUCUAUUAUUUAUGA